AUGAUUGAGAAGAGUCUUCACAUGAAUGAAAUUGAGCGAGAAUCGCAAACAAUCGCGGACAGAAUGACCUCAUUCGAACCUCCACCGCAUUCAAACGCUGAAGACUCCUCGCAGUUCACCGUCACAACGGUUAAUUGUAUUGUUAUAUUAUUAUUAUUAUUAUUAUUAUUAUUAUUAUUAUUAUUAUUAUUAUUAUUAUUAUUAUUAUUAUUAUUAUUAUUAUUAUUAUUAUUAUUAUUAUUAUUAUUAUUAUUAUUAUUAUUAUUAUUAGGGACGGGUGUAGUGCAGUCGGCCAGUUACACGUUCGUGAACCUCAAACGAUCCGGAAUUGAAGUUAACGUGGCGGCGAAGGUCCCAAGCGGAUUGAUUGCUGAGCGCCAGACACUAUAA